AUGGAGCUGCAACAGAUUGAAGGAAGUCGUGAGGGAAAGACCGUGACAGUACCUGGUCCCUUCGAGCACGCCCCGGCAGAUCUCAAUAUAAGGAGAGUCGACAGUGGAUAUGGCCCUGGCUUGGCAGCCCCAGCCAUCCAUGCAUCCCCCAGCGAUACCAACAACGUCCAUGAUCAACCCGCGGCUGUUGUUGAGGGCACCUCAGGCUCGCCAGCUACCGGACCACAUACCGAGACCACAGAAACAGCACCGGACAAUUCCCAGCCAUCGUUUUCUGCAUUUAGCAAAUCCGAAAAGCUAUUUAUUGUGGUAAUGGUGACUCUUGCUUCGUUCUUCUCCCCUCUUUCCGGCCAAAUCUACUACCCCGUCAUGCCAACGUUGGCACGGAACUACCAUCUCACCCCGGAACUGAUCAACCUCACAAUCACAACAUAUAUGGUCUUCCAAGGCCUAGCCCCGAGCUUCAUGGGGACAUUCGCCGACAUGAGCGGCAGACGUCCAGCGUAUAUCGUUGCGUUUGCAGUGUACACCGCUGCCAACAUCGGGCUGGUGUUGCAGAACAGUUUCGCGGCGUUGCUUAUCCUCCGCUGUCUCCAGAGCAUAGGGAGCAGCGGCACUGUGGCCUUUGGGUACGGCGUCAUAGCGGACAUUACGACAACAGCAGAGCGUGGGAAGUAUAUCGGGCCCAUGGCAGCAGGUGUUAUGGUUGCUCCUGCGCUGGGUCCUGCUAUCGGUGGCCUUCUGGCCAAAUUCCUCGGCUGGCGCAGUGUCUUCUGGUUCCUGGUCAUUAUUAGUGGAGGGUACUUGGUGUUCUAUGUGUUUGCUAUGCCGGAGACGGCGCGCAAGAUUGUUGGUAACGGCCGUGAAGUACCAAAUGAGUGGUGGCGCAGGUCGGUCAUCCAAUGGCGGUCGAAGAGGCAGGCACAGUUGGAUGAGGAAGGGCAAACUGAUGCAGAAGGAUCCCAACAACAGUCCCCGCAUACUAAAAGACUGAGGUUCCCGAAUCCUCUCAGGUCCUUUUCCAUUCUACUGGAGUGGGAUGCCUUGAUCAUCAUCUCCUACGUCGGGAUCGUGAUGUUCUCAAAUAUCGCUCUGUUGACAAGCACUCCCAAUCUCUUUGGUCCCCUAUAUGGAUACAACGAGCUUCAGAUUGGGCUCUGUUUCUUGCCCCUCGGAGUAAGCUCAUGCCUCAGCGCAGUCCUAUAUGGGAAAGUCAUCGACUACAAUUACAAGCGGACAGCCCAGAAGCUCGGAUUCCCAGUGGACCGGAAGAAAGAAGACGACUUGCGCAAUUUUCCAAUUGAGCGGAAUCGCCUGCAAACGGUAUUCCCAGCAAUGGCCAUCGGCGUUGCCGCAUUCAUUCCAUAUGGCUGGGUCCUGCAGCAAAGAGUACACUUGGCUGCCCCACUAGUCCUACAGUUCAUCAUAGGCUUCUGCUUCGUUGCAUCCCUGAACUGCCUCAAUACCCUUCUUGUCGACCUGUUCCCAGACAAGCCCGCUACAGCUGCGUCGGCAUGCAACUUUUUCCGCUGCUGCCUUGGUGCUGUUGGGGCCGCUGUCAUUAGCCAGAUGCUGAGUGGCAUGGGGUGGGGAUGGUGUUUCGUUUUUCUGGGCUUGGUCAUGGCUGUUGGGAUGGGAUUACUCUGGGUCGAGAAUGUGUAUGGGAUGGGCUGGAGAGAGAAGAGGUUGCUCAAAAUCGAAAGGAAGAAAGUGGAGAAGGAGGCGAGGGCCGCUGAGAUUCAGGUUGAGGGAAAAUCAGAUGGGAGAGAACAGAAGGAUACUGAUGUUCGGGAGUUGGUUGCUGGUGCUGAUACUGAUACUGGUGUCGCCGGAGGACCUGAGACACGCUCAAACCGGGGGAUCAUCGCUCUGCGAUUGUGA